AUGGCACCAGAUGGCACUAUGAGAUCAGCCCUGAUUGUGGUGGACAUGCAGGAAGACUUCUGUCCUCCAAACGGGUCUUUGGCAGUACAAGAUGGCCGCAACAUCGCAUCCACCAUCAACCAUCUACUUGCAAAGCCCAGCUUUGCGACUCGCAUAUUCACCAAAGACUAUCAUCCAACAGACCACAUAUCUUUUGCCACCAAUCAUCCAGGGCCAGAUAAUAGGCCCUUCGAAUCUGUGGUCGCAAUCAAGAAUCCCGCUUCGGGCAAGGAGUCAGAAACCAAAGCACAGCGUUUGUGGCCAGUCCACUGUGUAGCCAAUACUGCGGGUGCCGAACUCAUUCCCGAGAUCAACAUAUCAACGAAUGAUUUAGUGGUGCACAAAGGCAUGCGCUCCGAUGUUGAAAUGUACUCAGUCUUUGCAGAUGCCUUUGGAAAUUGUGAUCCAGGAACGAACUCACAUUCUGUCAGCGUGGACGUUGCAGCGAUCCUCCGCAAGCAAGGCAUCACAGAUGUGUUUGUUGUUGGCUUGGCUGGAGAUUACUGUGUGAAGGCCACUGCAAUUGAUGCUGCCAAAGCCGGAUUCAAAACGUUUGUGGUUGAGGAGGGGACUAAGUGUGUUGCUCCUGCUGGCUGGGAUGACACCAAGGAAGAACUCGUGACUGCGGGUGUUCAUUUGGUUUCCAUCAACGAUUCUGUUCUCAAAGACUUAUGA